AUGACGCCUCAUUCCACAGACACCAAGACCUCAAACCCUACUCAGAAUGAAGAAACCAAAGAAGUCAAGGCUAAAACAGCCCUCCAAAUCAUCUCCCAUGGCCCAACCAUCCCCGGUCCCCCAUCCUUCACAUCCAUCGACAAACACCGCGCCCACAUCCUAGAACACAUGGCCGGCGCCUUCCGCAUCUUCGCUCGAAAAGGCUUCACUGAAGGCCUCGCCGGCCACAUAUCCGUACGCGAUCCCGAAAACCCACACACAUUCUGGACAAAUCCCCUCAACCGCCCAUGGAGCCUCAUCCGCGCAUCAGACAUGGUCCUCGUCGACUACACCGGCAACCUCCUCGGCGGAAAUACAACCCGCCCCGUCAACGCAGCAGGCUUCCUCAUCCACGGCGCGAUACACAAGGCCCGACCAGAUGUAAAUGCCGCGUGUCACGCACACUCCCCCUACGGGAAAGCGUGGUCCGCGUUUGCCAAACCCCUCGAGAUGAUCAACCAGGAUGCGUGUGUCUUCUACGGCAAGGCGCAGAGUGUGUAUGCUGACUUUGGGGGCGUGGUGUUUAAGCAAGAGGAGGGGGAGAGGGUUGCCAAGGCGCUGGGUGGUGAGGGAAAGGUUAUGGUGUUGGCGAACCAUGGGCUUUUGACGGUGGGUAAGACGGUGGAUGAGGCGGCGUAUUUGUUUACGUUGAUGGAGAGGAGUUGUAUGGUGCAGUUGGCGGUGGAGGCUGCUGCUGCGAAUGGCUUGGAGAAGAGGGUUAUUGGGGAUGAGGAGGCGAGGUAUACGUUUGAGAUGACGGCGGAUCCGGACGGGUUGUGGUGUGAGUUUCAGGGGGAUUUUGAGGUUGAGGAUGUGUUGAGUAAUGGGGAUUUCCGAAAGUAG